AUGGCCAGUAAUACAGAGACCGUGACUCUCGAAGAGUAUGUCCAAGUGCCAGAAACGUCCGAAAACCUGGAAUGGGCGGAUCUUGUGACACUUGAUUUGUCCGAUUUUGAACAACCUGGAGGGUUCUUCUACGUCAAGGGGCAUGGCUUCACCAAGGCGGAAGUCGACACCCAAUUCGCCCUGGCCAAGUCGGUCCUCUCCCUAACAGAGGGAGAAAAGACGCCGUACCGUGCAGCUCUGGAACAAGGCGAUUACAACGGCUGGAAACCAGCAGGCACACGUAAUCUGAUACCCGGUGUGAAGGAUAACUUUGAAAUUUACAAUAUUCCAAAGUUCACACCCGAGCACUCGCAGCGUCCUCAGCCAGAUGCUGUAAAGCAGCAUUGGGACGAGAUUGGAACAUUCUCAAAGAGAAUCCACAAUGAUAUUGUGAAGAAGUUGCUGGUGAUAUUUGCUAUCGCUCUCGAGCUAAAGGAUGAAGAAUGGUUCGUCAACAAACACCGAUAUGAGAAAACCAGCGGGGACCACCUCCGAUACAUGAAGUACUAUAAAAGAAGCGAAGAAGAAAACCAGAAAUUGGGAGGUGUUUGGCUCAAAGGUCACUCUGAUAUGGGAAGUCUGACGCUCUUGUUCCGACAACCCGUCGCAGCAUUACAGGUAUUGACACACGAGGGGGUCUGGAAAUGGGUCAAGCCGCAGAGCGAUGCGUUGACUGUCAACAUUGCCGAUGCCCUCCAAUUUCUGACCAAUGGAUAUCUCAAGUCAAGCAUCCACAGGGUUGUCGCCCCUCCAAAAGACCAGGCACAUAUUGACAGGCUAGGUGAUCUGUACAUGGUGCGGAUAGAGGAUGACACGGAUCUCGUCCCGAUCAAGGAGUCUCCUGUGUUGGCAAGGCGCGGGCUUGUCGAGAAUCAAAUCCUUGGCAGUGACGGAGAGCCUGUGAAGGCUGGUGAAUGGGUCAAGCAGAGAAUUAUCAAGAACUUGGGAAACUCUACAGAGGCGACUGGCGACAAUGAAGUAGGCGAGAUCGAGAUCGUCAGAGGAGUCAGGGUCAAGUAUUUUGAGUAA